UCACCUGCCGCGCGCCGCGGCGAAGGACACGGCGCCCGAGCGGGGCCGAACCGGACCGGAGCGAGCCGAGCGGGGCCGAGCCGGACCGGAGCGAGCCGAGCGGGGCCGAACCGGACCGGAGCGAGCGGGACUGGGCCGCCUCAGGCGCCAUGAGCGGCCCCGUGCAGGAUGAGAGGCUGCGGGUGCAGCAGCUCCGCGCCCUGCGGCGCCGCUGGCUGCGGGACCAGGAGCUGAGCCCUCGGGAGCCCGUCCUGCCGCCGCGGCAGCUUGGGCCCGUGGCCGCCUUCUGGGAGCGCUUCCUGCAGCCCGGGGAUCUCUGGCGGCAGCAGGUGCACAAAUUCUACCAGGCCGGCCGCUUCGUCAUGCUGCGGGUGCUGAUCCCCGCCUGGGCCAUCACCUACUACCUGAAGUACCACGUCCAGAAAUUGCCUCACGGUGUGGUUGCGGCAAAUCCACGGAUAUUCCCAGGGGACAGGAUUUUAGAGACUGGAGAGAUCAUGCCACCCCUGAGAGACGAGCUCCACAAGCACCACUGAUGGCCAGGAGCAGAUUUCCUCCUUGGGUGAACAUGGUGAGAGCUGCACCUGCUCUGUCUCUUCCAUAAAAGAGUCUUUAUUCUGCAUUGUCUCA